AUGGCGACAGUCUUGCUGGAAGAGAUAGACAAGCCUGAGCUCGACAAUCGCUCGUAUCGCCUCAUUCAAUUGUCAAAUGACCUACAAGCACUCCUUGUGCACGACCCUGAUACUGACAAAGCAUCCGCUGCCCUCGAUGUGCAUAUUGGACAUCUAUCGGAUCCUUGGGACGCGGCUGGCUUGGCGCAUUUCUGCGAGCACCUGCUCUUUAUGGGAACUGAAAAGUACCCUAGGGAGAAUGACUACUCGGAGUACUUGUCGGCACACAGUGGCCACAGCAACGCCUAUACAAGCACAGUCGACACAAACUACUUUUUUGAAGUUGGACAUGAGUUUUUAGAGCCGGCGCUAGAUCGUUUCAGUCAAUUCUUCAUCUCGCCUUUGUUUCUGGAAAGCUGUAAGGACCGUGAGCUGCUGGCUGUUGAUUCAGAAAACAAGAAGAACCUUCAGAACGACAUGUGGCGAGCCUAUCAGCUGGAAAAGUCAUUGUCAAACCCGAAGCAUGUCUACAGCAAGUUUGGAACCGGCAAUUUGGAGACGCUCAAGGAGAUUCCUGCUUCUCUUGGCCAUGAUGUCCGCGAUGAGCUACUCAAAUUUCAUGGUGAGCUUUACAGUGCGAACCUAAUGCGUCUAGUCAUUCUCGGACGCGACUCGCUAGAUGCACUGCAGCAGUUGGCAGUGGACAAGUUCUCUUCCAUCAACAACAAGGGCAUCCAGGCGCCAGUCUUUGACGGCAAUAUUUUGCGUCCUCAGCAAGAGCUUGGCAAGAUUUACACUUUCAAACCCAUCAAGGAGGUUCGCAAUCUCGAGCUAUGCUUUCCCAUACCAGAAUGCGACAAUUUCUGGCGAUCCCAGCCGAGUCACUACCUCUCACACUUGCUCGGUCAUGAAGGCGAGGGCAGUGUAUUGUCUCUCCUCAAGCAAAAAGGCUGGGCGCUCGUGCUCGGUGCCGGAGGCUCAAACGCUGCACCAGGCACAGACUUUUUCAAAAUCACCAUGGAGUUGACUGCAGACGGCGUGAAGCAUUGGCGCGAUAUUGUCAAGAUUGUCUUUGCCUACAUUGAACUCAUCAAGAAGGACGGUCUGCAAAAAUGGAUGUGGGAUGAGAACCGACUUUUGAGUGAAGCACAAUUCCGAUACAGGGAAAAGUCGCCAGCGUCGCGUUUCACUGCUGAUACUGCUGGUAAGCUGCACCGCCCCAUUGACAAGCGCUUCAUUCUGGGUACAUCCGUGCCUCGUGAAUUCAAAGUCGAUGAAAUCAAGCAAUGUCUCGACUGCUUGAGGCCUGACAAUUUCCGAGUUGCAAUGGCAGAUCCAGACGUACAGCCGAACUUGACUGAGAAGUACUAUGGAACGCAAUACCGUCUUGACGACCUCGACGCAAGUCUAUUGGAAGCAUGUCGGUCUGCCGGCGAGUCGCCCAUUGCUGAGCUUGCCUUGCCAGCCAAGAAUGAGUUUGUUCCCGAACGUUUCGACACUGGUAAGCAUGAUGUGGACCGCAAGUCGAAGCAUCCUGAUCUUCUCAAGGAUACACCCUCAAUGCGUCUUUGGCACAAGAAGGAUGACACAUUCUGGGUACCCAAGGCCAAUUACCUCUACCGCGUCACUAUUCCUGCAUUACGGCAAUCUGCAAAAGAUGCAGUCAUGGGAAAACUGUUUAUCGAAUUGCUCAAGGACUCGCUCAACGAGUUUUCGUACAAUGCAGAUAUUGCAGGCCUGCAAUACUCAAUCGAACCAACAGUCGGAGGUCUCAACCUAGGAUUCAGUGGCUACAAUGACAAGAUGCCAGUCUUGGCAGAAAAGGUGAUUCGCCGCAUGAGAAAUCUCGAGGUGUCAGAACAACGCUUCAUUAUUGAAAAGGAGCGUCUGCAACGUGAUUUGGGCAACUUUGAACUCGAAGCACCUUAUCAGCAAGUCUCUUAUCACAUGUCCUUCGUUCUUGCUCAUGUCGCUCACAGCAAGCAAGAGCAGCUCGCUGCACUCUCCAGCGUGUCGUUCAAGGAUCUCGAAACCCUGAGUCAACAUGCGCUGGAUGCUUCUCAUGUAGAGAUUCUCGCUCAUGGCAAUGUAUCCUCAGACGAGGCUCUUGCUGCGGCAGCACUCUAUGAAGAAGUCGUCCAGGCUAAGCCACUUCCUGAAGAACAAGUCUUGCCGCUGCGAGCUCUCUGGAUCCCACAAGGCAAACGUCAAUAUCAGCUCAUCCUCAAAGACGAGGAGAAUGCAAAUUCAGCCAUCGAGUAUUUCUGUCAAGUUGGCUACAUCAGUACGACGUCUGAGCGUGCUCUGGGUAUGCUACUAGCGCAAAUCGCCAACGAGCCCGCAUUUGAUCAGCUUCGAACAAAGGAGCAACUUGGAUACAUUGUCUUUUCAGGCUCUCGAACGACACUGACGAGCAAUGGAUUUCGCAUUAUCAUCCAAUCUGAAAAGUCUGCUGUGUAUCUCGAGAGCAGGAUUGAGGCAUUCCUGGACGUUUUGAAGGCGCACUUGGAGAAGCUCAGCACUGAAGAAUUUGAGAAGCAACGCAAGAGCGUCAUUGACCGCAAGAAUGAACAACUGCGCAACUUGAAUCAAGAGACGAAGCUUUACUUCCAUCACAUUCAGUCGGGCAACUACGAGUUUGAUGAAGUGGACGUAUCGACGCGUGCAUUGAAGCAAAUCACGCAACAGCAGCUCCUUGCAUUCUUUAUGCAGUAUGUCCACCCGUCUUCAUCGACAAGACGUCAGAUUUCUGUCCACCUGCAAUCUCAGAAGGCCAUGGCCGAGUCUGAAGAGCGUCUUGCCGCUGCAGUAUGCAAUGCAAUAGCAGACGCAGGGGAGAGCGGAGAGGCCACGGUGAUUGCAUCGGGGAACAUUCAGUCGUUCAAAGACGGCUGUGAAGUGAUGGAUUUCCCUCGACCUGUUCGUCCAUUGCAGGAGUAUGCAGCCAAGACCGAUGCAAAGCUAUAG